ACAGAAUAAUCUAUUAUCUCCUCAUUGCCACCACUCUCUCUCUCUCUCUCUCUCUCUCUCUCUCUCUCUCUCUCUCUCAAUUUAGUCAAGUUAGAAUCAUAACUGAAUUUGAAGCGUUAAUCGAUCCAGUUUUACUACGGUUAUAUAUCAAUAGUUUCUUGAUUGAACGAAACUAGUUAACAGUUUGAUUUACAUUCAUCACCUGGAGAUUUUCAGUGAUUUGUUUUUUCUGAAUCUAACAAGACGCCAUCGACCAGCCAGAAAUAGCAUCCAUGGCGAAGGGCAGCAGCCAUGUGUUCCAACAAUCUAGUAUAAUGUGUGUAUUUGGAUUACUUUGUGCUCUCUUUUGGUUUUGCUUAUUAUACUCCCCUUUCGGUGUUUUCCAAGGUAGAACUUUCUGGAGCAGCAGUCUUCAAAUCAGUCCCACCUCAAACCAAUCUAGGAUUCAAGAAUCUAUACCUAUUCCUGUUGUUAGUCACGAACCCGAGAAUGUCGAAUCCGAAUCGGCUGUUUCUCCAUCCAAAACCCCAAAGGUUUUCCCUUUUAUGAAAGCAUUAAGAACCAUAGACAAUAAGAGUGACCCCUGUGGUGGAAGGUACGUUUAUGUUCAUGAUCUUCCUUCCAGAUUCAAUGAAGAUAUGGUGAAGGAAUGUGGUGGCAUUAACAGAUUCUUCGAUAUGUGUAAGUUCAUUAAUAAUUCUGGGCUUGGACCGCCAUUAGAGAAUACGGAAGGUGUGUUUUCUGUUAAUGGAUGGUACGCCACCAAUCAGUUCACCCUCGACGUCAUCUUCAGAAACCGAAUGAAACAAUACGAAUGCCUGACCAACGAUUCGUCAAUGGCAGCCGCCAUUUUCGUUCCAUUUUACGCAGGGUUUGAUGCUUCGAGAUAUCUUUGGGGGUAUAACACAUCCGUAAGGGAUGCUGCGUCGCUUGAUCUUGUUGAUUGGUUGCAGAAUAGAGAUGAAUGGAAAGUGAUGAACGGAAAAGAUCAUUUUCUCGUCGGAGGAAGAAUCACUUGGGAUUUCAGGAGAUUAAGCAACAAAGACACCGAUUGGGGAAACAAUUUCUUAUUCUUACCAGCUUCCAAGAACAUGUCAGUUCUUCUCAUAGAAUCAAGUCCAUUUAAUUCAAACGAUUUCGCCAUUCCAUACCCUACUUACUUCCAUCCAUCAAAAGAUUCCGAUGUUUUCACUUGGCAAAACCGGAUGAUGAAACUUGACCGGAAAUGGCUGUUCUGUUUCGCCGGAGCUCCACGUCCAGGUAACCCGAAAUCAAUUCGAAGUCUUUUAAUCGAUCAAUGCAAGAAUUCAAACUCCGGGAAGCUUUUAGAAUGUGGAAAUGAUGAAAGCAAGUGUCAUUCCCCAAGUAAUAUAAUGAAAAUGUUUCAACGUUCGGUUUUCUGCUUACAACCACCUGGCGAUUCAUAUACACGAAGAUCAGCUUUCGAUUCGAUUUUGGCAGGUUGUAUCCCGGUUUUCUUUCAUCCCGCUUCGUUUUACACGCAGUACACGUGGCAUCUCCCGAAGAAGUACACAAAGUAUUCCAUUUUUAUCCCGGAAGACGAUAUUCGCCGGAAUAUCAGCAUCGAACAGCGGUUAGGUCAAAUCGAUUCCGAAACUGUAAAGAUGAUGAGGAAGGAGGUGGUGGAUUUGAUUCCGAGGUUGAUAUAUGCAGAUCCUAAUUCCAGAUUGGAGAGUUUAAAAGAUGCAUUUGAUGUAUCUGUGGAAGCGGUUAUCAACAAGGUGACGAAAUUGAGAAAGGAUUUGGUUGCUGGGCGGAGGAAUAAUGGUGGUUUUAUUGAAGAACUUAGUUGGAAAUAUGCCUUGCUAGAAGAAGAAGAAGAAGAAGAAGAAGAAGAUGAGGAGAGUGCGGGUGUUCAUGAAUGGGAUCCUUUUUUCUCUAAACCAAAACAGCAAACUUGAUCAUAACUGCACGGAGGUAUAAAUUGGAUUAUUAAUAGCUACCAUGCUUUCCAUUUGCAUGCCCAUUUGGUUUAAAAGAAGCAAUGUAUUGUCUAUCCUCUUAACUUUAGCUUAGCUUAAUUUUCGAUAAUCUUAUAAUUUGUUAAAAAAUAUCAUUGUAGGUUUAAGAUACCAUUUAUCAAAAAAUUGUUCAAAAAAUAUCAUUGUUGGUUUACAUUAAACAUGCUCUGGUUGCUGAUGAAUUGAAA